AUUGCAAGAAAGGGGCUUGGGAACUAAAACAUGGCGUCGCGAUAAUCUACUCACUUCCUUUCUUUCUCAAUCAAUUCCACAAUGCAUAUGAUGUACCAAACUGACAAUACUUCGUUAUUUAGUUAAACCUUUUUAGUCAAUUCAACUCGAUUAAUCGAAGAUGUCGAUAAAGACCGUUAUAUUAUACGCCAUCUUAUUGAUUUCAUCCAUUGGGGGAAAUAGUAUGGAGCUUGACAGCUUAAUUCUGAACGAAAAUACGGUUGAACUUGGAGAUAAAGAAAAGGAAAGGGAAUGCUCCGAUUUCCUUCGAAAAUUUGCAAACGCAACUCGUCAUUAUUCCUCAUGCAUUGUUAAGUAUGCUAAACCAGUUCGUAUUUGUGAGAGAUGUACUAAACAAUACACGCGCGUGUUGCGUUUAAAUCCGAUAAGUUAUAACCAAAGCACAUGUGUGUCGGACUUGAUAAGUUCCGAACGCUUCCAAAUCCUUUUGAAGGUGUACGAUUUUCAAACCGGGGUUUGGGAAGAUGGAAACUGCCGAAAGUGCUAUGAGGACGAAUGGAAAUUCACCAAAUAUACCAAGCUGUUCUUUGCUGCUUAUAAAAACGUAGUAUCUUGCUUUAGCAAUUUCACUUCGUUCAAACUGAUGGAGAGACAAAAGUCCAGUGGUUUGUGUGUGAAAUGUAAGGAGGACUAUCGUAAUCUGACAAAAAUUUAUAAUUUGAUUUUGGAGCAAACUACAACAAAUAAGGAUGAAAGCCAGUUAUGUGUUGACAUCAUGUCCUUGAUGAACGGUACACGUCAAGAUUGGAUGAAAUGCACCCAUACGAAAAAGAAGGACUACAUUGUGUUGUCAUUGAGUGGCAUGUUCUGUUUUCUUACUUUUUUCUAUUACAUAGCGAUGAGACAGUAUGAGAAAUACAUUGGCAAGGUGAAAACAAGAGAGCAAAGAUCAAGAAAGGUUGUGAAUUAUGAUUCCGAGUAAAAAGAGAGCGAAAUUUGCUGAAAUCGGACUGAUUAAUGUCGAUCGUACAUGGAACGAAACCAAGCGACGAUUAAAAGUGGCAAAAGAAAGUACGCAACACUUGCUUUUUGGGGUUCGCUUUUGCAAUGUGCAACAUAUGCAACAAAUAUCUGUAGAUGGCCGGACUUUGUAAUGUUUACUGACCAAUGACCACUGACCAGUAGUGCAACGUCUGAUUUUUUCAUUCAUAAAGAAAUUGCGCAAGCGAAUCUUAGUUUGGUAUACCAAAAAGCCCAUUGCUAAUCAUUCUCAUCCAUGAUCAGUCCAUGUCUUACCAAAUUAUUGGAUUAACUCCAGACAUUUUAUCUUGUUUACAAAAGGCAGCUCUAACGCAAUAAACACGAGACAAGAAAAUGAUCUGUUAUUUAGCUUUUAUUUGUUAAAUUACACCUGACUUUUUAUUUGCUGUAAAACAAUUUUUGUAAUGAUAUGAACAAGUAUAUGUACAGUGCAAUCAA